UCAUCCCCAGAUACUACACCACCAGUCGUUAUCAACUGCCCGCCAAACCUGAACGCACGGGUCGACAAUCUUUUAGACACUGGAGUAGUAACGUGGACGGAGCCGACUGCUACGGAUGACAGCGGAGACGCUGUCACCACCACCCAGUCACACUUUCCUGGCACCGCAUUUCCCGUGGGAUUCACGGCUGUUACCUAUGUUUUCCGCGAUACUUCGAAUAACCCGGCUGUGUGCAGCUUUGUUGUGAGCGUUGGAUUGAAUGGAGACAACAAUCCUCCAGUCAUCAGUAACUGUCCAACAUCCUUCACCAUCUUUGUGGCAACCAGUAAUUCACUUGGAACACCAACAUGGACAGCCCCCUCGGCCAGCGAUGAAACAGGACAGACCCAGUUCACAACGAACCUGUCGCCCCUGACUGCUCUCGCUGUAGGAACCUACCCUGUCACAUAUACAUUUGAAGAUCCGUCUGGCAACGAAGACACCUGCGACUUUGAAGUGACGAUUGCUGUUGGAACACCAGAUGUGACCGAUCCUGUCCUGAUCAGCUGCCCACAAAACAUUGCAGUUGGCAACAAUGGUCAGAACUUUGUAUUGGUGACCUGGGAGGCACCUAGUGCUCUUGAUGAUUCUGGCGUGGUGAAUCAGCUCUCGGGGCCUGCAACAACCUCACAGUUUUAUCAAGCUGGCACCACCAACACCAUCAGCUACGUCUUAUAUGACCCGUCAGGAAACAGUGUGACUUGCUCAUUUACAGUGACUGUUGCUCCAAUUGGUAGCUCUUCAACUGGACCUGUUAUUACUGGCUGCCCAGAGGAUGUGAAUCUCCAAGUUCCCUCUGCAACGAUAGAGUCUGUCUCUAUUUCAUGGGAAGAGCCUACAGUCACGGAGGAGUCUGGACCUGUCACAUCCUCCUCCACCCAUCAGCCGGGUGAGGCAUUCGAUGUGGAUACCUCAACGAUCGUUACCUACGUAUUUACCGAUGAGGCCAACAACAAUGCAACCUGUUCUUUUGUCGUUACCCUAACCUCUCCUGCUUCAAACCUUGACAAUACUGAUCCUGUAAUCGUUGGAUGUCCGUCUGACAUUGAGGUUGAUGCCGUGUUUGGAUCCAGUGAUAUCUCUGUCACCUGGACGGAGCCAUCUGCUACCGAUGACUCUGGUUCUGUAAGCUCUACUCAAUCUGCCAACCCUGGGGACUCUUUUCCUUUUGGGUCAACUGAGGUUGAAUAUGUAUUCAGCGAUUCAUCAGGAAAUAUGGCAACAUGCGCUUUCAAUGUCAUUGUGUCUGCCAUUGCAGACAUUGAAGAUCCUGUUAUCACCGACUGUCCCAGUGAUGUCAUCUUGACGACUCCCAGUGGCGUCACCGAUGUCAGUGUAGUCUGGACCGAGCCGACAGCUACGGAUGACUCAGGUUCUGUUGCCUUGGUGGCAUCGCAUUCUCCAGGCGAUGUUUUCCCAAUUGGUUUAACCACUGUAAUCUAUACCUUUUCCGAUGCCUCUGGAAAUUCUGCAACCUGUUCUUUUAAUGUGACUAUCACUAGUGUUGGUAUGUUUCCUCUAACAUGUGGUUUUUUUUUAUUUCACUGUUAAAACAGUUUAUUCCUA